AUGGACAAGGGUUUAGUAACAGGAGCUGUUUUUCUUGACCUGGCUAAAGCCUUUGAUACUGACGACCAUUCUCUUUUAUUUGAAAAGCUUGCCUCAUCUGGUCUCUCCAAUGAUUCUGUCAACUGGUUCAAGUCAUACCUAAGCAAUAGAAAUCAACUUACCGCCCUGGCUAACACUGUUUCCUCCUUCAAACACGUUCCUGUCGGAGUUCCUCAAGGUAGUGUUUUGGGUCCACUACUAUUCCUUAUUUUUCUUAAUGAUUUGCCUUAUUGUAUCAACCAUUGUGAAAUAUCCUUAUACGCUGACGACACUGUGAUAUACCUUUCUUCAAACAAUGCUUGCGAUCUUGAAAUGAAGUUAAAUUCCGAUCUAAAACACCUAUGCAGAUGGUUUAACGACAAUCUUCUGACACUUAAUGUCUCCAAGUGUAAAUUUAUAAUUUACGGAAGUUCUCGCAAAGUUGCAAAAUUUAACAAUGUUUCCAUCACGGUUAAUGAUUCCAUACUUGAUAGAAUUGACUCCUUCAAAUACUUAGGAGUUACAAUUCAACAAAACUUAACCUGGUCAGAACAUAUCGACAACAUCAGCAAGAAGUUUAAUCAACGCCUUGGUCUCAUUCGCCGCAUAAAAUUCUUACUCCCUAUUCAAGCCAGACUCACCCUCUACAACAGCCUAGUCCUCCCUCUAUUGGACUACAGUGAUAUCGUGUGGGGAGAUAAAAACAACUCCACUCUAAUGAACCACCUUCAAGUUCUGCAACAUAACGCUGCGAGACUUAUCCUUGAUCUUCCUCGCCAUUCCUCCGCUACCGAAGCCCUUGAAACUCUAGAGUGGAAACCCCUUUAUCUACGUCGAAAAUACCACCGUUGUAUCUCCGUCUUUAAAUGUCUUAACCAUCUAGUCGACUUUGAUUUUAACCUUACCAUAAUCUCCCGUAUACAUAGCCAUAAAACACGCCAGAAUAACAACAACUACUACCUUCCACGCCCACGUACGAAUUGGGGAAAACAGCAAUUCACUUAUCACUCAGUAUCGGAAUGGAACUCAUUACCUAUUGAACUGAAACAAUCUACUAAUCUUAAUCUCUUUAAAUCCAAACUAAAACAAUUUAUCUAAUUAAGUUGAACAAUUUAUCUAAUUAAGUUGAGUUUUUUUCUAACUAUGAAGUAUAAUUAUAUAUAAUCCACUUGUAAAUAUUUUAUAGUUUUUAAAUAAGCAUAGUAUAGUUUACCAUGUAUAAUAUAGAUAUAUAUUACAGGACCUCCCUGAAAAACACUUCGGUGCAUAUUAUUAUUAUUAUUAUUAUUAUUAUUAUUAUUAUUAUUAUUAUAGUGACUGGAGCAUGCUAACUGUUAUACAUGAAAAGGGCCAUUAUGAGAGCUUAUACUAA